AUGAACAUUCCACCACACUCUCCAGUUGCACUCAGCAGCAAGCAGGCAAGCAGGUUCAUGGCCCCCAUCCCAGCUAACAUACAGGGACGUCUUAGUCUAACGGUUGUACAGGCUAAACUAGCAAAGAAUUAUGGAAUAACAAGGAUGGAUCCGUAUGUCCGAAUCAGGAUUGGUCACUCUGUGAUAGAGACUCCAACAGCUUACAAUGGGUCAAAGAAUCCACGCUGGAACAAAGACAUCAAUUUAUAUCUCCCCCAUGGAGUAGAUUCUAUGUAUUUAGAGAUUUUUGAUGAGAAACAGUUUACAAUGGAUGACCGCAUUGCCUGGGCAUACAUUAGCAUUCCUCAAUCUGUCCUCAAUGGUGAUACAAUGAAUGAGUGGUUCCCCCUGAGUGGUCGUCAAGGAGACGAGAAGGAAGGAAUGAUUAACCUUGUUAUGUCACUAAAUGAGGUACAGCAACCAGCAGUACAACCCACCCCAGUUCUAUACCAGCAGCCCGUCGUGUACUACCCCCAACCAAUAGGAGGGUUUCCCAUUGCAGUUCAACCUGUGCCCGCUGGAAUGCCCGUUUACCCUCAACAAGGGGGAACCCCCCAACCACAACGCCCUCUAUUCACAGAGGAAGACUUCAAGCAGGUCAAGGACAUGUUCCCCAAUAUGGAGGACGAGGUCAUAAGGUCAGUGCUGGAGGCUAACCGUGGCAACAAGGACGCAACCAUCAACUCCCUUCUACAGAUGAACAGUGACUGAGGUUAAUGUCCAGCUAAAACCAGACUUUUGUUUUAUAGGUGAAAAACCAAUGCUACUAAAACUAUAAAAUGCCUAUGAUAAGGACUCUGUUUCAAUAAUAGAAUUGUACUAGUAGGUUUCUAAAGUAUAGAAUAAAUCGGUUAAUGAUAUAUCAUCAUAUAUUUGUAUUUGUAGCAGACAGAUCAUCAUCAGUUUUCUUGUUUCAGUGAUAUAAAAUUGUUACAUAUGCUGUUUUUAGCCUUUAACUGUAUGUUCUUUAUUUACUGGUAUGUAACAACUCUUAGAUGCCAUAUAAUUUAUCAUAUGUAUAAUAUCAACAAACACACAGUAAAGUUUUGCUAUAUAUGUAUGUAUACAUUGAUAACUUCUGGUUCAUGUAAAUGUUUCCAUUCAUAGUCUUACUUCAAAAUCGAGUAACUACUAAACGUAUACACAUAGCACUUAUUAAUAGUACAAAUGAAUUACUAUUGUCCAUCAUUCAACAUAAGUUUGAAACAGGUGCCGUCUGUCUGUCAGUUAAGACAUAAUUUUGUUACAAUUGUUGUUUUGUUGUACAUGUUGUGUGUUUGGAUCAUUUUCUGGGAGUGAUAGUUAAUGACUGUGAUAUAAGAGGGUGUGUCAUACAUUUCUGCCGAGCAGGAUGAUUACUUAAUGAUUAAACUUAAAAUUCAAAACCAGA